CAAGUCUUGAAAUAGCAUUAAGGACGAAAAAAAACCCCAACCACAUGAUUUUUAGCAGAUUGAGUUUAAAGAGACCGACCGGAGGGGUGGGGCUUGUUCUAUAUUUAUUUACUUUUCCUCCAUAUUUAGUGUAGAAUUCAGUGAGUUAAUAGCUCCAUACUCGAUAUGCACAUGUUUUUGAAUGUUUGCAGAUUUUAAAAAAUUUAUAAUCUUAUAUAUUUAUAAUCUACAACCUUAUGUAAACGGUCUCAUAGACUCAUAUACUGGUGAUUGAUAAUACUCAUACGCCAUCUAGUGUCAACAGGUAGUAAUACAGUUAGUGUUUAGGGACGACCUCAACCCAGCCCUUAUUUCUUUAUUUUGUUUCCAAGUAGCCAGACUUUCUUUUAAUUUUUGAAAGUGGUAUUAAACAGUAAUUCUUUAGAAUUUUUUAAGGUAAUGUGUUAUUGUCUAUAGCUACACAGGUUUUAUAUUAAGUUAUUCAAACUCUGGACUUUGUUGGUAGAGUGUAUUUCAAAUAGCAUGUUUAGACCAACAAAAUUACAUAUUUUCCACUUCAUAGUCCCACUUUUUGUUGCAUAUUUGCAACACUGUUGCAAAAAAUUGAAAAAGUAAGAACAAACUCUCUGAAAAAUAAAAAGGAGACACUUUAGACUCAUCUAUACACCUUCUCCUGAAGUUCAUGACCCACCUUUUUGGGGCAGACACUUUGACGUGUCUCACUCAGGUCUCCUCCUACUCAGUGGCGGUUUGACCCCCUGAUCCUCACAGACAAAGUAUUCAGAGAGGUCAGACCACAGAAGGAGCUCUGCACACUAAAAUGAUGAAGGCUUUUCACUGGAUCCUCCUGUACUGCGCUGCACCGCUGCUGUCUGAUGUACAGGCCACAUACCACCUCAUGGCAGGGGAUCCCGAGCUGAUGGCUGCUCAGAGUUACGCUCAAACCAGAAAUAACGGGCGCCCACCGCUCAGGACCCUGAAUCCAGCAAUUCACAGAAGUGACUACACGUAUAGAGGAAGGUAUCACUACCACUACCAGCCACCAAGGAUCCCUCCACCGGUAGUGUAUCACCCCAUUCCUCUAUCUCCACCAGUGACUUACCACAGACCCCCAGUCCCCAUGUCCCCUUUUCACCACACAUUCAAAGGCCCAGGUGUGCCACAUAUGCAUCACAUACACAAAGCUCUCUCACCACCACUGGUUCGUCAUCCCCAACAUGGGAUCAAAGACCCGUUCCCUCACAAAAUGAAAGGUCUCUGCCCCUCACCUGUGGUACGCCCUCCAACUCAACCAGAACCGACAAUUCUACCAACCCUGCCAGCGAGUACAGUGGCACCGGUGACCGCCGUGCCGCCAGGGAAGACCACCGCUCCUGUGACGCUACCGGUCAGUACCCAAAGCGGCUUCAUCACCACCGUCAGUCCUGUGCCGACAGAGACAGACUCUCAGUGCAGAAGCCGUUCCCUGGACCUGGUCUUCAUCAUUGACAGCUCUCGCAGCGUGCGUCGAGGAGAGUUUGAGAAGGUUAAAAUCUUUCUGGCCAACAUGGUCGACACCCUCGAAGUGGGCUCAGAUGCCACCAGGGUGGCUGUGGUCAACUACGCCAGCACGGUCAAGACAGAGUUCCUGCUCAAAGACUAUUUUAGCAAACUAGACUUGAAGAAAGCCAUCUCCCGCAUUGAGCCCUUGGCGACUGGCACCAUGACCGGCCUCGCCAUCAAAACUGCAGUGAAUGAAGCUUUCACCGAGCAGUCUGGAGCCCGGCCUCGUUCUAGGAAUAUCUCCAAGGUGGCCAUCAUUGUGACAGACGGGAGACCUCAAGACCAGGUGGAAGAAGUGUCUGCUUCAGCCCGGGGAAAGGGUAUCGAGAUCUACGCUGUCGGGGUGGACCGUGCGGACAUGCGAUCCCUGCAGCUGAUGGCCAGCACCCCUCUGGAGGACCACGUCUUCUACGUGGAAACCUACGGCGUCAUCGAGAAGCUCACGUCCAAAUUCAGAGAGACCCUGUGCGGUGUGGACCCCUGCUCCAUGGGACACGACUGCAAACACAUUUGUGUCAACAGCAACGCCUCGUAUUACUGCAAGUGCCGGAAAGGUUAUAUCUUGAAUGCGGACAAGAAAACAUGUUCCCUGAAACAGGUGAAGGUCGAGGUGGUGGAGGAUCCCUGCAAAUGCGAGGCUAGACUGGCUUUCCAGAAGCAGACGCAGGCAGCCAUCCAACAGCUCACAGCCAAGCUUGCUGACGUGACUGGGAGAAUAGAGCGUCUUGAGAACACGGUGGGCCGUGCCUGAAGCUUUGCACAGCCAGAUGACUUUUGUUGCUCCCACAGACUACUGCAUCAUGGGGAGGAACUUCCUGUGAUCCACUCUAACUUCAACCACAGACUGAGAGAAGCGAUGACUCACAAAUCAACCCCCCAGGUUACUGACUGCUAAGCAACAAUGUCUACAAAUAAACUUUAUUUUAACUUUUUAUUGAUGAUUUUUUCCCCCAAAUCUACUGUAAAUGUUACUUAAACUAAACCCCCAGGAGCAUAUUAAAAUGUAUAGUUAUCUAACA